AUGCACACCGCGUCUUCCCUCUGCACGGGCGCCGGCGGCGAGCUUCGUGCAGCGCUGGAGCCCUGGGCCCAGAUGGACAGCCAGCGCCGUCCAGGUCUCCACCCCUGGAGGGGUAAACCCCAACAUACACCCAAGCAGUUCCUCGGAGCCGUGGCGGAGCUGGCGCGCGGCGCGGCGGCGCCGACAGUGCAGCCGGUGUGGGGGCGCGAGCUGCUGACGGCGCGCGAGCCGCCGCGCCCGAGCUUCGCGCACCGGGAGUACGACGAGGUGCCGGAGACCAAGGGCGCCAUCCUGCCGCCCGGCGGCGUCGAGCACCGCUACUUCUUCUUCGGGCCGGGAGAGCUCGCCGCGAUCCGUGCCCAGCUGGCGCCGUGCCAGCGGAGGCACUGCACCACGUUCGAAGUCGUCUCAGGGUUCGUGUGGAAGCUCCGCACCAUGGCGCUGGCCCCGGACGCCGACGAGGAGAUGCGGCUCAUCUGCGUCGUCAGCGCCCGCGGCGGCGGCAAGACGCCCGGGCUCCGCAUCCCCUGGGGCUAUUACGGCAACUCGAUGGUGUUACCCGCCGCCGUGUCCAGGGCCGGCGACCUCCGCUCGAACCCUGUGGGAUACGCCGUGGAGCUGGUGAGGGAGGCGAAGGGGGCGGUGAACGCGGAGUACGUCCGGUCGGUGGCCGACCUCAUGGUGCUUCGCGGCCGGCCGCACUUCACGGCGGUGCGCUCGCUCCUGCUGAGCGAUCUGACCAAGGCCGGGUUUGGCGACCUUGACUUCGGGUGGGGCCGGCCGGUGUACGGCGGGCCAGCGAAGGUGGGACCCGGUGUCUUCCCCGGGGUGAUGAGCUUCCUCAUCAAGUACACCAACGCCGGAGGCGAGGACGGCGUCAUCGCGCCGGUGAGCCUUCCUGGCCCCGCCAUGGAUAGGUUCGUGGAGGAGAUGGGCAAGCUGCUGCGCGCGGCGCCCGUGGACCACAUCGCCGCAGUAGCACGGCAACGUGCCGCACUCUGA